UAUAAAAUGAAAAAAAAUAAGUAAAUCACUGUAGUCAAAAUGUUGCACCUCUUGACGAUAAUUUUAACCAUUGGCACCAGUAUUACUCUAGGUGCACCACCAAAUGGUCGUAUUUUUGGUGGACAACUCGCGUCUCCUGGUCAGUUCCCUUUCAUCGUCCAUCUAAGUGGUGACUGCGGUGGUACCAUCAUCAACAACAACUGGGUGCUUACAGCAGCCCACUGCUUAAACUACGUGUCCGAUACAGCCACAGUACUCGCCGGUACCACCAACCUGAAUUCAGGCGGUCUUAAGUACAACAUUACCCAGUACAUUGUACACGAAGAUUACGACCCUUGGACUGGAUGGGGUGCCAAAAACGACAUCGGUUUGGUUCAAAUCGACGGUGAAUUUGAUUUCAACGACUUGGUACAAUCCGCUGAGUUUACUGACCCUGAGGAGAAUUCUAGGUGCAUUGCGGCAGGGUGGGGGUCCACUGCAGAUGAUGUGGACCCUAAAGACUUGCGGUUUGUUGAACUAACGGCUUUCAAUUUUGAGUUAUGUAGAGAUGUGGCUGGAGAUGAGCUUGGACAGUCGUACUUGGGACCUGAACAAGUGUGUGCUGAGGGACCGGUGGGAAAAGGGGCGUGUUUUGGAGAUUCGGGAGGCCCUUUGGUUUGUGAUGGAAAGUUGGCAGGGGUGGUGUCGUAUGCGAUUUUGGCGUGUGCUCAAGGGUAUCCAGAUGUGUAUACUAAACCGACGGCUUAUGUUGACUGGAUUAAUGAAAAGGUCCAGUCGUGAGACAAUAUAGGCGAAAUUUGUAUUAAAUAAAUGUAAUUUCUUGCUUU